AAAAAUAAUAAAACCGGGUCUUUCAAUCCCCUGCCAUUAGUUUUUUUCUUUUAUUUUUUUCCCUUAAUCACCUGUCAUUUGUCAAUCCCUAAUUGCGCAUUGCCAAUCCAUCUUAUUUUUAAUUAGAAUUCCUAUCGUGUUGAGGACAUACCCUUUUUGAAAUCCCUAUCUGUCUCUCUAAGUCUUUUCCAUCUUUUUUCACAGCCAUCAUCAAGCAAAAGAGAAAUUCGAGCAAGAAAAUUGCCUAACUCUGCAACUCGCUCCCUCUCUUACAGCAUAGGUGUUAGUUGGGACUCUGCAACUCUUGAUGGCUUCCUGCUCUGGAAAGAGCGCUGACACCAGAGAUGGUGGAUCUACUUUACAAGAACCAAAUCCACCUGUUUUGAGGAAAUAUACUUAUGAGGAACUAUCAAAGGCGACUCAUUAUUUCUCCAACAGUAAUAGGCUUGGCUCAGGUGGUUUUGGUGAUGUCUUCAAGGGAUCACUAGAUGGUAAAGUCGUUGCUAUCAAGAAACUUAAAUAUAAAAAGGAUGGAGAGCCACAACAUAAAUUAGAUGAGAUCGAGUACCUUAAAAGAGUGAGUCACCGAAAUCUUGUUAAGUUGAUUGGCUACUGCGAUGAAGGCGCAGAUAAAUUGCUUGUCUUAGAGUUUGUUCCCAAUAAGACCUUGAGACAUCAUUUAGACGGAAAAGAGAAUGUAUUAGAGUGGUCAAUGAGAAUGAAAAUCGCCAUAAAAUCUGCAUAUGGAUUGCAAUAUCUGCAUGAAAACUGUAAAAUUAUACAUCAAGAUAUUAAGGCAGAUAAUAUACUUCUCGACAAUAAAUUUGAGCCAAAGGUUACAGAUUUUUCGCUUGCCAAGUUUUUGCCAAAUAUUGGUAAUGUUAGCCAUAUCACCAGUCUAUUCAAGGGAGCUAACGUUUAUGCAGAUCCAGAGUAUGGAAUACAAAAAGUCUCUGAGAAGUCAGAUAUCUAUUCCUAUGGCAUUGUUCUUCUAGAGCUAAUUACUGGAAAAAAAGCUUUAAGUAAAAGUGAUAAUAUUGCUAAUUGGGCAAAAUCUAGAAUUGAAGAAGCGUUGAACAAUAAAAAAUACAUGGAUUUUGUUGAUUUCAAAUUGCAUGGGGCUUACGAUGAAAGACAAAUGCAAAGAAUGAUUUCUUGUGCUGCAGCUUGUGUAUAUGAACCUUCAAACUCUCGACCAGACAUGAAACAGAUAAUUGAAAUUCUUGAAGGAACUAUACCUAUGGAGGGGACAAUAUCUCUUCACGGGGCCGCUCUUAUUGAUCUACAAUCUGCACUUGGCAUUGAGAGCCUACAAAUUAGUUCGCCAGUAAUUUUUACUUAUCAAGAACUAGCAAAGGCAACAAAUCAUUUCUCUAACAACAAUUUGCUUGGUGAGGGUGGUUUUGGUAUGGUAUAUAAGGGCUCUCUCGGAAAUAAUGGGAUCGUUGCAAUUAAGAAGCUUAAAUAUCUAGGUGAAGAAUUGCGCACAAGUGAAUUUGAGGAGGAGAUCAAGACCAUUAGCCGCAUCUAUUAUCGACAUCUUGUUAAGCUGAUUGGAUACUGCAAUGAAGGAAUCAAUAGAUUGCUUGUUUAUGAGCUUGCUCCCAACAAAUCCUUGCGAUUUCAUUUACAGAGAAAUAUCAGGAAGACUAUGAAUUGGUCAACCAGAGUGAGAAUCGCCAUGGGUGUCGCGAAAGGAUUGGCCUAUUUGCAUGAAUGGUGUCAGCCUAAGAUCAUACAUGGAAAUAUUAAAGUGGAUAACAUUCUUCUUACUAAUAGCUUUGAACCAAAGAUUUCAGAUUAUGGAUUUGCCAAAGAGAAUGAGGAGCUUUCAAAUUCUUAUAUUCCUAUUAUCUAUAAUUCAAAAGGAUCUUUGGGUUAUUUGGCUCCUGAGUAUAUCAAUAGUAGGAAGCUUACUGAUAAGUGCGAUGUCUUUUCCUUCGGUAUUAUACUUCUGGAAUUGAUUACUGGGAAAAGAGCUAUUAAGAAUGAAGGCAUUUUUCACAAUAGAUUGUCUAUUUUGCGACUUCGACUAUGGAUGGCAAUUUGGCUGAGGGAAUUAAUCUCCUGACGUUGGAUGAAGAGGUGGCUGGUUUAGUUGUGGAAGAGGUGGAGGUAGUUGUGCAGGAGAAGGGUUUUUGUCUGGUAGGCAGGUUUUUGAUGGAGAAGGGCAUUAAUUUCAAUGCCAUGAAGCAAACAAUGGCAAAUUUGUGGCAUCCAGGGAAGGGUGAGUAUUCGGGAGAUUGGGGAUUCUCUGUUUAUGUUCCAAUUUUUCCAUGCUGUUGAUGUGCAAAGGGUAAUUGAAAUGUCUCCUUGGAUUUUUUAUCAACAUUUAUUAUUAUUCCAUCAUUUGCAGCCCCAUGAACAACCCCAGCAGGUCCCAUUUCUUUUGUACUCUUAUUUGGGUUCAGGUUCAGGAGGAUUAGGGUUCAUAUCAAAGAUCAGGUUCCCUUGAAGAGGAAGAUGAAACUCAAACGGCCGAGUAGGGAGUGGGUUUGGUUCUCUUUUAGAUAUGAGAGCCUGCCCAGGUUUUGCUUUCUAUAUGGUUUGCUUGGCCAUACGGAGGGAUUUUGUCCCCUUCUUUUUGAAGCCCAUGGUGAGCAGCUAGGGCGUAGAUAUGGGCUGGAGACGAGGGCGCUAACUCAUUGGAAUAAUCAAAUGAUGGGGCAGCUGUGGUUGAGGUACGAAUUGUCGGAGGUGGAAGAUGUUGCAGUUGAUCGGUACAGUAUCCCGAAACAUGUAUAGUUGGAAAGAGGGGAUUGUGGGGGUGGAGUUGCUUUAAAGGAUAAGGGUGUUGGGUUUGAAAAUCAGACAUGCAAGUUACGUCUGAAACACAAGGGGUUUGUUUCUACUAGGCACUCUUGGUGAUACGAUUUCACAUGAUGGGAUGCUUAUUGUGGACCUAAAGUGACGUCAUCAUGAGAUGUCUUCUGCUAAGGACCAAACUCUGGAAAUGAGCAUUGACCAUGAUGUUCCAGUUUUUGAAAAUGCACUAUCAGUGGGACCAGGACCUGUUGUGAAUGCUUGUCAGCGUUGUUUAUCUGGUCCAAUGGAUCCUCUUUUGGCGGAGGCCUUCUCGUUUAGAGAGGCAGUGGGCUGGUUUAAAGGCAAGGGCAUAUUGAAUGUUGUGUUUGAAUCGAAUUGCUUGGGUUUUGGUUCAGUCGCUGCGAAGUUCUGUUGUUGAUAUUUCUUGUUUUGGAUUGGUUGUGUCUGAUUGUCAGUUGUUAAAUGAGCUAUCCCUUAGCUCUGUAGUGUUUGUGAAAAGGUCAGCGAAUUCAGCUGCCCAUUUGAUUUCAAAUUUUGAGUCUGAUCGUAAAGAGUGCAGUCCUGUCCUUUUUCAGUAACUUAUUUAGGUAAUUGAGAAAGUUGAAUAGUCAAGAGUGUAGUUGAAUUUUAAUUCAACUUUAUAUUUCUUUACAAUCAACCGUAAUGAUUUAUGAUAUUUAAUUGAAAUAAACAGUUAUAUUAUCAUUA